CCUGAAUUCUAUGCUCUUCUGUUAUGUUAUUCUGUGUGGAAAGUGGAAUGGAAAAUGGCUACUAACGUUUUAAUAGUUUGUGUAUAAAAUUACCUCUUGAUUUUAAUUGCGUUAUCUUAUAAUUAAUCAUGGGAAAAACGAGUCCUCUCAUCGAUCUGCUGGGAAACAUCUUUAGGCACAUAACGGACAUUCAUAGUAUUCUGAAUAACUCGAAUGAACUCAAGAAGGUUUAUGUCAAAACAAAUUUUGAUGAUGCAGACGAAGUAGACAAAUUGAUUAAGGCCGCUAAGGAACUAAUAGACAAUUUAGAGAAAAAAACUACCAAACUUCAUACAUAUUUCAAUACAAACUAUACCAGUUGCAUUAAAGAUCUGAGCACCUCCGGAUGUAAUGGGAAUGCGCCCGCCAAUAAUGAUAGUCGCAAUGUCGAAUCAAAUAAAGAGGCUCCCCAAGAGAACGCUAAUUCUGAAAAUGAAGUGGAUAGUACCGAACCUGCUGAAAGAAACAAAUCCAGUAUUGAAAACGGAAUUGACACAAAUGCUCCGAGUAGUAGUGAUAUUGUGGAUGAUAAUUCCCAGACUGUUAGUAAUAGCUCGAAAGAUAUAACGGCUGACGAACAGCCUGAUUUUACACAAUCCAAAAAUUGCACAGACGCAUCGAAAGUUUUUUUGAAAUGCGUCGAUAUAAGUAAAUUAGUAAAUCCGAGUAUUUUACCGCACCUUACUACGCCAAAAUCUGCAUCUAAAAAGGGAAACGAUCCUGUAUUUAUUAUCCUCGACUCAGAUUCUGAGGAUGAUGCGUCAAAAACUUCCACCAAGAGGAAAAAGAAUGCGGAUAGUAAAGGUAAUGCGAAAGUAAAAGGUAAAAAGGAUAAUUUGUGGAACAACAAAUUUGAAACAAGUUCGAAUGCUGAAAACUCGUGGUCCCAGAAGCGAUCGACCAGAAAUGCGAAAAAGAAAAAGGUAACUUACGUGAUCAGCUCGUCAUCCGAGGUCAGCUCCCUUAGCGAUAUAGUCAGUGACAGCGAAAGCGAUUUGCCAAAAAAAAAGCGGGCGCCGCGAUCCAAACAAGUAUUUCACGAGAAACAAAUAUUAAGCUCGCAGAGCGAUAAGAAAUUUAGUUAUAAAGCGUAUGUACGGUUACAGAGGGUCCCAUGUGAGAAGCUAAAAGAAAAUUAUUUGAAGCAAAGAGAAAGACUUGAAGUAGAAAGAUUGGCAAAUUUAAAUAGCUUGCAAAAACGGUGUCGUUCACCUACGAAUUCUACAGAUUCAGGGAAGAAAACUAAACGGAAUCGAAAAGAAAAGUCCAAGGACGCAGAUGCGUCUAGAGAUUCUAGUCCUGUUUCUGUUGUUUUAUCCGAUCUAGAUUCAACACAGGCAGAUGACCAAGCUUUAUGUAAUGCUGUGAGUGAAUUAAACGCCUCCGCUGAGCCUGAUAAUGGAAAAGUUUCAGAUAGUAACCCUCUAGGAAUAGUUUUGGAUGCCAUUAAUUCGGAACUCCAACCAUCUCAUAAGUCUGAUGAAGAUUCUGACCAAAAUAAGGAAACAACACAGGAGCAAGGCAGUAAGGAAAAGGACGGAUCAUCUGGUUCUCCAGAGGACGUAAUCAUUGAAGAGAAUAACGACAAAUCACAAGAAAAGGAAAACCAACCUGAUGUCACUAGCGAAACUAACAAAGAAAAUGAUGCAACACAGGCAAAAGAAAAGGAAAAGUUGAACGCACCUGAAGGUGAGGGUAACAAAAACGAUGAUGAGACAACAAAGGAUAAGGAAAAUGAUUCUGACCGUACAGAUAUUGAAAAUGAAGACAAAGAUGAUGAAAAAGAGAAAUCAAAGGAUAAGGAGACAUCUGAAGAUGAAAGUGAGGACAAGACAAAGAAGUCAAAAGAGAAGGAAAGUGAUGAUAAGAGCAACUGUGAUGGUGAGAAAAAUAAGAAAUCAAAGAAAAAGGACACCACUGAUGAUGAAAGUAGUUGCGAAGAUAACAAGAGAAAGAAAUCAAAGGAAAAGGAGAAGCAUUCCUCGUCAGAAGCAGAUGAAAACAGUAGGAAUGAUAAGAAGAAAUCCAAGGAAAAGCAGGCAACAGAUGAUGAAAGCGACAAUGAAGAUAAUAAGAAAAAAACAAAAGGAUCUAGCUCGUCAGAUGAAAGUAGCGAGACUGAGAAAACGAAGAAAUCAAAGAAACCGGAGACAACUGAUGAAAGUGAUGAUAACAAAAAGAGGAAAAAGAAAAAAAUGGCGAAGCGUUCAACCUCAUCAGACGAUGAAAGCAGUGAUGAUGAUAAGAAGAAAAAAAAUAAGAAGGAGAAACGUUCCAAUUCGUCGGAUGAUGAAAGUGGUAGUGAUGAUGGCAUGAAGAAAAAAUCUAAAAAACAGUCCACAGAUGACGAAAGCGAUGAGAGAAAGAGAAAAAAGAAGAAAAAGGCAAAGCGUUCUAGUUCCUCAGAUGAUGAAAGCAGCGAUGACGAUAAGAAAAAGAAACAAAAGAGCAGACAUUCUUCUGACAACGAAAGUGAGAGCGAUAGUAAGAAGAAAAAGAAGUCUGAAAAAAAGGGAAAAACUUCCACUUCAUCAGAUGAUGGAGAUAGUGACCGCACAAAAAAGAAAAAAUCUAAAGAUAAGGAAAAAGCGAAGUGGCGUAAAGAUAAGCUUCUUACUUCGAAAUUAUCUGAAACUGACUCCGAGGAGGAAUUGGAAAAACAUAAGAAAAGACGCGAAAAAAAGAAAUCGGAGGCACAUCAUAAUUGGGCAGAUGAGGAUCAUCAGAAAAGUAGUACAAAAGUUAAGAGGCGUUCAAAAAAGAUAACUAUUAUAUCUGAUUCGGACGAAAAAGACGAAGAAUAUCAAGCAAGCGGCAGCAGUAGCAGUAGUAGUAGCAGCGAGUCAGAAAAAGAAGAAGAGAAAGUCAAGGAGACUAAAAAACGUCGUAGAAUUAAAAGAGUUAAUGACAGUAGUGACGAUGAGGAUAAAUCCACCAGAAAGACCAUUAGGAAAGUGAUCGGCCACGAGUCUCUUGCUGAAUCAACGAAGAAAGCCGAAAAGGAAGAAAAAGAAAGGAAGGCUCGCAUACUGGAGCGCCAAAAGAAGUAUAACCAAAUUUUCGACGAACCUAAAGAUGCGACUUUAGAGAAGCUAGUGUUGGAUUUUGACGUGGAAAGUAAAAAAGAACUGUUGUCUGUGAACCCAACUAUUGUCAAAAAGCUAAAGCCCCAUCAAGGAAAGGGUGUUCAAUUCAUGUGGGACACAUGUUAUGAGUCAGUGGAGAGGGCCAAAUCUACUGCAGGUUCCGGUUGUAUUUUGGCUCAUUGUAUGGGUCUUGGAAAAACUUUACAGGUUAUUGCAUUGACACACACUCUUUUAACAAAUGAUGAAAUUACUAACGUUAAGAAUGUGUUGGUUGUGUGCCCUUUAAACACAGUUUUGAAUUGGGACUCUGAAUACAAGAGAUGGUUGCGUGAUGUGGAGGGACCUGAAAUAAACGUAUUUGAAAUGGUGUCCAGUAAAAACAACGCGCGAGAAUUUGUAGUCGAAGAUUGGUAUAAAGAGGGAGGCGUUUUAAUUAUUGGUUACGAUAUGUUUAGAAAUUUAACGAAUCCAACAAACAAACGCUUGAAAAAGAAAGCCAGAGAAAUUUUUCAAAGAGGCCUUGUCAAUCCGGGACCUGAUUUAGUUGUGUGUGAUGAGGGUCAUCUUCUAAAAAAUGAAAAAACAAAUUUAAGUAUCGCAAUGAAUAGAAUUCGUAGUGUAAGAAGAAUAGUACUUACUGGAACCCCUAUGCAAAAUAAUUUGAAGGAAUAUUAUUGCAUGGUUCAAUUCGUAAAACCAAAUUUAUUAGGAACUUAUAAAGAGUAUAUAAACAGAUUUGUCAACCCUAUCACUAAUGGACAGUACACAGAUUCAACGCCUCACGAUAUAAACAUUAUGCGAAAACGAUCUCACGUGCUGCAUACAAUGCUGGACGGCAUAGUACAGAGAAAAGACUAUUGCGUGUUGACGCCAUAUCUACCUCCGAAGCAUGAAUAUGUGUUAUUUUUAAAGCUUACUCCUGUACAAAUUAAAUUAUACCAACAUUAUAAGAGUAACUUUUCACAAAAGCCAUCGGAGGGAAAAAUAAAAUCUUCAUUUCUAUUCAAAGAUUUUCAACAAUUCCAAAGAAUUUGUACUCAUCCGCGAGUACUUUUAAUGAAAAGUAGGGAGGUGCAGGCAAAGGAUUUGCUAACUACAGACGAAGAUUCUGAAGGUUCUCUAAAAGAUUUCAUAGAUGACGGAUCUGAAAAGUCCAGUAGCAGUAGCUCUAGCGAAUCAGAUGGCGAAGUUUCUGACAAAUCGACGGAUUCUAAAAAAAAAAACACCAAAAAACCUCAGAAACGCAUGACUAGAACUUCAGCGGCUGCACAAACAAUUGAUGUGGAAAAAAGAAGUACAGCCCCUCAAGGAUGGUGGAGUCAGUAUUGCAGUGAUGAGGACUAUGAAAACAUUGGGCUAAGCACUAAACUUUACCUACUAUUUAAAAUUAUAGAGGAAUGCGAACUGAUAGGAGAUAAAUUAUUAGUAUUUUCACAGUCUUUAUUAUCGUUAAAUAUAAUCGAAUAUUUUUUGGCCAAAAUUGAUGAUGCUACGCAGCAAGAUAAGCAUGACACUGUGUGUGGUUUUUCUGGUUCGUGGAGCUUGGGUCAAGAUUACUUUAGGUUAGAUGGUUCAACGUCUUGUGAUAAUCGACAACAUUGUUGUAAACGAUUUAAUGAUAAGGACAAUUUGCGUGCUAGAUUAUUUUUAAUAUCAACUAAAGCCGGUGGUCUUGGCAUAAACUUAGUGGGGGCCAACAGGGUAGUUAUAUUCGACGUGUCUUGGAAUCCAUCACAUGAUACGCAAAGCAUCUAUCGGGUUUAUAGAUUCGGUCAAACAAAACCGUGCUACAUCUACAGAUUUGUCAUGUGGGGAACAAUGGAAACAAAGAUAUAUGAAAGACAGGUGACAAAGCAGGCAAUUUCGAAGAGAGUCAUUGAUGAGCAACAGAUUGAUAGGCACUAUAAUCAAACUGAUCUAGCCGAAUUAUAUACGUUUGAUCCCGAACCAAAUGAGGAUAUAAUACCUCUCGUUCCAAAGGAUGUCCUUUUGGGUGAGCUGUUACAAAAGGAGAGGGAUCGUAUUUUUAAAUAUCAUGAACAUCAAUCAUUACUUGAAAAUAAAGAGGACGAAGAAUUAAAUGAAGCCGAACGCAAAGCAGCUUGGGAAGAAUUUGAACAUGAAAAAACAACUCGAGUUACAGUCAAUGCAUCAACCUUAGGUUGGAUAAGGAAUCUUCCAAUAUCGAGUAUUCACGUAGCAUUAAGAAGUAUUGUCCAAAGAGAUAAUCCCAAUUGGAGUAGCGAUCAAAUUAUGUGUGUUGUGCCAUCGAUAGUACAGCAGCUAAGAACCCAAGUGGACGAAGGAAAGCUUUUGCUAUUUGAACGAGUUGUUGAAGAGAUAAGAACUAUGCAAGUAAAGCAACAAAAGAAUUUCCAAGAGUAUUUGAAGAGACAGCAACAGUUCCAGCAGCAACAGCAGCAGCAGCAAAUGCAUGUGUACCAACAACAUCUCCGUCAGCAAAUGUUCCCUCAAGUAAACACAUCAGAUGUUGUUGAACUGAUUGAUUAAUUUAUUGAUAGGAUAGUGUCUAAUUUUAAAAUAAAUUUUUUUACUGUAAAUAGUAUGUAGCCACAGUUAGCAGAUUUUAAUGUUAUAUUUUGUUACUGUUUCUUUUUAUAAAACUUUCCAGAGUUUUCUGAGUUUUUCGUACAUAAAUUUCAU